UCUACUCUUUACUUGCAUUUUUGUGUUGCUUCUUCCUUCGGCCAGCGUCAAAAUACCCAUGCCUUUCGCCGACUUCUACGAGCCCUCUGAAUCCUCUGUUUCUCUUUCUGUAUCAAUCUCCGCUUAAUGUAGUAUAUAACAUAUUAUUUUAGUAUUCAGCAAGUACGUUUCUUUUGUCCUUGGAGCUCAAAACCAAGUGGGGCGUGUAAAGACUGUACUUUUUGAGAAGCUAUUUGAAGGCAUGUGGAUUACAAAAUAUUGGUGGGUUCAAGAGAAUUAUCACAGCUCAUUAGUGGAUGUGAUAAUCUUUCAAGAUUUUUAAGACUUUGUUUAAUAAUAAAGUUGCAAUCUCGUUAAUGAUUUUGAUUGGACUAAUGGGUUCUGAAAAUCCUCCCCUUCUUGGAGAUUGGUGAGGUGAGUGAGGCUUGGACUUGGAGUUCAUUUUUAAGAGGUGUUCCAGUUUGUCCAAGUUAAUGAAUUUCUUGCAUUUCUGAGUGGGAGUUGUGUUGUUUUUUCACCAUGCCCCUCUCUGAGUUCCUGAGAAUGGCCAGAGGAAAGCUUGAAUCUGCCCAACCGAAAACUGCAUCUCCUACCGAUCUAUCUCCAGCAACUGAAAAUGAUCUUGUUGAGCUACUGUGGGAAAAUGGUCAGAUUUUGAUGCAGGGUCAGUCUAACAGGGUUAAGAAGAGCCCUAAUUUGAAUGAUUUUCCAUCACAGGAGCCUGGAAUUCGAGAUAGGUUCACUGGAAAUGUCAGCACUCCAAAAGUUGGGAAGUUUAUUGAGAUUGGGUCUACCUUGAAUGAUGCUAUGCCAUCAGUGCGAUCAGGAGAGACUUAUUUGAAUCAAGAAGAUGAGAUGGGGCCGUGGUUGAAUUAUCCUGUAGAUGAUGGUUUUAGAUCAGAUUUUUGCUCUGAAAUCUUGCCAGAAAUAUCUGGUGUAACUGGUAAUGAGACAUCUGCCCUUAACAGCUUCGGAUCAGUGGUCAAGGGAAGCUGCAAUCAAAUGCCCCAGCAUUCGUAUGCAGUUCCGGUGCAUAAUGUUUUAGAUAUAGAGGCAAGGAAUGCAUCAAAGGUUUCUUCUUCAAGGACGGGUUUGUUGAGUCCAUACUCAUCGCAGCAAUGCCAAUUAUCUGUUGCACCCGCAGGAUCAGGAGUUUCAAGUGUAGUUAUGAAUACCACAAGCAACAAUCCAGUUACAUUUUUUGGAGAUACAUUUCAAGGUCAAGCUUCCCCGGGUGGUUUGGUUAGCAUGAAGAUGCAGAAUCAAAAAGUGGGGGCAUCCAAUUUUUUGAAUUUUACCCAUUUUUCAAGACCAGCUGCUCUUGUUAGAGCUAAUCUUGAGAAAACUGAUGGCAUAGCUGCUUCCUGUUCAUCAGGUAUUGAAAAGGUCUCUGCAGUGAGUAGUAGUAGUCCUGUCAAAUCUACACAUAAGCCAUCUAGUAACUCCCAGAAGGAUAUUUGUGUCCAUAACCAACCUAAAUUGGUCUCGACCAAGGUAGAUUCCAGACCAUCAGUUGAUAAGCCACCUGAGGAGUCAUGCAGUGCUCAACGACCUGAUAAUUUGCACUGGGAUGAUUCAAUUAAGAAUGAUAAGUCCUCGAGCCCGAUAAUUGGUUCUAGCAUCACUAAAGAAGUGAAAGACAGUGAGAAUCCUGUUGAACCUGUUGUUGCUGCUUCCUCUGUGUGCUCUGCAAAUAGUGGCGAGGGAGCUUCAAACGAUCAGAUGCAUACACUGAAGAGAAAACAUUGUGAUAACGAGGAGUCUGAAUCACGAAGUGAAGAAAUUGAUGAAGAAUCUGUGGGUAUAAAAAAAGUAGCUCAUGCUCGGGGUGUUUCUGGUUCAAAGAGAAGCCGAGCUGCGGAAGUGCAUAAUCUGUCUGAGAGGAGACGAAGAGAUAGGAUUAAUGAGAAGAUGCGUGCAUUGCAAGAACUUAUACCCAACUGCAAUAAGGCUGACAAAGCUUCGAUGCUUGAUGAAGCCAUUGAGUACUUAAAGACUCUUCAACUUCAAGUACAGGUGAUGUCAAUGGGAGCUGGAUUGUGCAUGCCUCCAAUGAUGUUUCCAACCGGAUUACAACACAUGCAUGCUGCUCAUGUGCCACAUUUUCCUCCCAUGGCUGGUGGAAUGGGCAUGGGAAUGGGUUAUGGGAUGGGAAUGCUAGACUUGAAUUCUGGAUCUCCACGAUUUCCGAUAUUUCCUCUACCGCCCAUGCAAGGAGCACAUUUCCCUUCUCCAACUAUUUCUGGAUCUUCUGGUUUCCAAGGCUUAGCUGGAUCAAACCUUCAGGUGUUUGGGCAUCCUGGUCAAGGAGUUCCUAUGUCAAUCCCAAGGGCUCCCUUAGUUCCUUUGGUGGGGCAAGCUCCCAUAAGUUCAGCUGUGGGUGUGGAUACCUCAAGAAUGGGAAUUCAUGUUGAAGCUUCAAAUGCAUCUCCAACUUUAAAUUCUGUUGUUGAAGUGCAGAAUAAAAAUUCACAGCUAAAUCAUAAAACUGAUACUGGCAGCUCAAUAAGCCAGACAUCUAGUCAGCUGCAGGCAACAAAUAAGGAAUUUGAUCAGUCUGCCAUGACUUCAAAGGAUGAUCAGGCACCUGAUGUUUGUGCUGCGGCCUCCGUUAACAUGGCGAGUACAACUGAUCUCGUAUGUGACAAAGAAAAAGGGAGUAAUGGGAUGUGCAAGGGGUGAUUAACAGUGAUAACUAAGGUUCCAGCAGCCACAUGGAAUUCUUCCAGUUAGUGCCAUUUCUGUCCUGAGAAAGAGUCAUUGGUGACUUACAUGAAGACGAGGGUUUUGCCAAGUUGUAGACACCAAAGAAUCGUUUUACGUUAUUGACUUGUCUGAUUUUUAAUAUUAGGACUGUAUAUUACAAGCUGCACAGGUUUUUGUUUUGAAGAGAACUUUUUGCUUCAUAUGUACACUUUUUUUUAACGUAAACUCUGCUGCAAGAGCAGCUGGUUUUGAUCUUGAGAAAUGCAAUGAAAAUGGUUAUUGGACAUGUUA